AUGGCGACGACAGCAGCUAAGAAGAAGGGGAAUAAGAAGGUUAAGACCCUAUCCCUGACUAACUUCCCGGCAGAGGACAAAGGGGGUAAUGCACCCCCAAGUUACCCCCCCACCAAGCCCACUAGCAGCUGGGCUGACGAGACAGAUGACCUAGACACAGAGGUAUCCACCUCCUGGCAUACAGAGGAGGAUAUGUACCAGGCCCCAGCCAUCAACCGCUCCAUCCUGCCCACAGCACCCCGUUCAGCCCGGGAGCCAAACGUUGACCGCUCUCGUAUUCCUUGCGGUCCCCCCUACACCGCCUUCCUGGGCAACUUGCCCUACGACGUGACUGAGGACUCCAUCAAGGACUUCUUCAGGGGCGUGGGGCUCAGUUGUGCAGUGCGUCUUCCUAGAGAACCCAGUAAUCCAGACAGGCUGAAGGGUUUUGGCUAUGCUGAGUUUGCUGAUGUGGAAUCCCUCCUGAGUGCCUUGAGUCUAAACGAAGAGAACUUGGGAAACAGAAGGAUUCGUGUGGACAUUGCAGAUCAGUCUAAUGACAAAGGGAGGGAUAAUCACUCCAUGGGGGGUCGGGACAGGGACCGGGGGGGAGACUUUGGCCCAGACAAGACAGACUCUGACUGGAGGGCUCCACAGCCCAGUGGAGGAGAGAGUGACGACGCGCCGCCUCGAAGAGACCGGUCACGGGACCGCUACGAGUCAGACAGGCCCAGAGGAGAUGACCGGUACGAGUCAGACAGGCCCAGAGGAGAUAACCGGUACGGAGGGGGCCAGGACAGGUACAGGGAUCGAUAUGAUGACAGGGAUCGCAGAGAUGACAGAGGAGGUAGUUUUGACUGUCGUGGUGGUGGUGGUCGCAGGGCAUUUGGCACUGGUUACAGGCGUGAUGAGGGAGGACAGGAUGGCUACCGGCAAGAUGGCUACCGACAGGAUGACUACCGGGGUAGUAGGGAUCGCUAUGGUGACCGUGGUGGUGACCGAUACGAGAGACGGGAGGAAAGCCGUUGUGACCGAGACCCAGGUGCUGUGGAGAGGCCCAAGUUGAUCCUGAAACCCCGUAGCCUACCUAAAGAGGUGGAGCAGAGCAGCGACCCGUCUGCCCCCUCGGACAGGGCUGCCUCCAUCUUCGGUGAGGCCAAGCCAGUGGACACGGCUGCCAAGGAGAGAGAGAUGGAGGAGAGGCUGAAGAGGGAACAGGAAAAACUGCAGCGACAGCUAGAAGACAGAAUCACAGACCGCAAGCCCAGAGAGAGGCACCCCAGCUGGCGCAGUGAGGACCAACCUGCAGGACGCUCUCGGACUGGCAGUGAGUCUUCCCAACCAGGCAGCCGUGACCAAUCUGGCAGAGCCUCCAAGCGCAGGGAGAGCGAGCGCUCGGUGGACAGUGGGCGUGAAGAGGAGCCCUCCUCCCCUGUGACCAAGCCCUCCCCUCCCAGACAAGACAGUCCGCCCCUAAAGGUGGUGCUCGCUCCACCUCCCAAGGAGAACGCCUGGGCCAAGAGGACCACGCCCGUUGGGGGCUCCAGUGAGGGCGAGGCCCGGCUACCGUCUCCCCCAGCAAUGACACACCCCACAGCUCACCAGCUUAGCUGAUGAUGAAGUGCCUCAGGCAGAUAAAGAAGAGGUCGAUCGCAGGGAAUAGAUACAGUAUGCAGCCUUGAUAUAAUGGACGCAGACCCACAUGACAAUAUGGAGGACAAUACAUAGGGAGGGUGAAUGAAAGAAGUGAAGAAGAUGGAAGAUGCAAAGAAUGAGGUCUGCCUAGCAACCUGGCUGGAGCAGCUCUACAGCUCCCUUCCUGCUAACCUGCUCAAGGAGAAACCCACCCCACUGCCGGCUGGCUGCACCUUCAAGACUGGACCUAAACAUAGAGAAAUACUCAUCUGUGUACCAGUCUUUUUAGCUAACGUUCCACUUCUUGCCACUCCUGACAAUUUGCCAAAUCUUUGGCAAGGAGUGGUAUGUAAUAUAUCUAAACAGAGACAGCAACCAGGCUAGAGAAAUGCUGGAUGGGUUUUUAAUAAGGUUGAAUUUAAGUCAUUAUAAAAAUAAAAAAAUGUAAAAGGUGGGGUUGAGAAAUGUAUAGCUACGUGCGUGUUGACCACCCGCCAGUCUAGAUGCUGGACUAUGGAGGCUCUCUGAGCCCUAAACCUGGUUAUACUAAUGCUGGAGCCAGUCUAGAUGCUGGACUAUGGAGGCUCUCUGAGCUCUAAACCUGGUUAUACUAAUGCUGGAGCCAGUCUAGAUGCUGGACUAUGGAGGCUCUCUGAGCCCUAAACCUGGUUAUACUAAUGCUGGAGCCAGUCUAGAUGCUGGACUAUGGAGGCUCUCUGAGCCCUAAACCUGGCUAUACUAAUGCUGGAGCCAGUCUAGAUGCUGGACUAUGGAGGCUCUCUGAGCCCUAAACCUGGUUAUACUAAUGCUGGAGCCAGUCUAGAUGCUGGACUAUGGAGGCUCUCUGAGCCCUAAACCUGGUUAUACUAAUGCUGGAGCGCCUAUCUCAGAGGGACAGACAGGAGUUUUAAAUAAAAGAAAAGACAGGAAAAGUCCCCUGUUUUAGGGGGCUUUUGCUGACAUAAGUUAACCAUUUUUUUACUAUGAGGAAUGCGAUGUUUGUGUUUCUCUGAUCAUCAUCUGUAGCAGUCAUUAACUGGAUCUUUUUAGCCACUGUCCCAAUACACCACCAAUGGCUUCCUGCUUCCUCUCCAGAAAGGAACCGCUUCCUUCCUUCCGCCUCAUCCGAAGCUGCCUGAAAGUCAUCGUCUGGCAACCAUGUCAUGAAAAAAUAGUGUGAACUGUGUCCUAAACGUAUUGGAGGCAUGAUCUUCACUCACUCUUAUCCAUGGGCCACGUGUUGACUGGAUUUUAAUGCAGAGGGUGUUUUAACAUUGUAUGUACUGUAUGUAACCCCACAAUCACAAGUGAAGAAGCACAGCUCAAUAAAUGUUUCUGGAUGUUUGUUUCUCUAUGUAACAUGCAUGGCUGUGGAACCAGACUCAUGUGGUUCUUUAAGCCAUGGGAAUGUCGAGAUGCAUUUAAUCAACUCCAUAUGGGUAGGUCACAGAGUGGGAGAGAUUUACCAAAUUGGAUGUAAGGAAUGUAUUUUAUGGUAUGCCACUGCUAAAUUAUGCAGUUUUGAUUUUCUGAAUCUUAACCCCUCACAUCACAGCUUAAAGCAUGAAUCACCCAUUUUUCAGUUUCUACUGUCGAACUGGGCUAUA